CAGACAUGAAAUCCUCCAACGCGCUAGUCAGGCAGUUUAGAGAGUCCCUCCUCUGACUGCAGACUACAACCAGACUCUCUCGGAGUCUCUCAGACUCCCACGGUUUUGUACUAAAGCUGGAAAGAAGUGCAGCAGAUGAGGUUCUGUGGAGGAUUUCCUGACCUGUUGUUGGACAGAUUUCUAACUGAAGAUCAACAGCACUGAACUGAACUACACCUGCAAAAAUGACAGCUACCACGAAGCUUCUGGACGAGAUGUGCCAUCUGACGGCUCAGUCUCUGACAGCAAUGGACACAUCGGAGCACUUCAAGGUCCUAAAGCUCCUGGGUGAAGGCUCGUAUGGCAAAGUCAUGCUGGCUGUACACAGGAAGAGAGGUACUCCGAUGGCCCUGAAGUUCUUCCCUCGGGAGUCCACGUCUCUUUUCUCUUUCCUGAGGGAGUACAACCUCUCGCUGUCAUUCUGCACCCACCCGUCCCUGACCAGAGCCCUGGGAAUCGCCUACUCAACACCUUCACACUACGUCUUUGCCCAGCAAGCAAGCCUCUUUGGCGAUCUCUACGAUGUCAUCUUGCCUGAGGUCGGUAUGGAGGAAGACUGUUGUCAGCGGGUGGUGUCCCAGCUGUGUGGCGCUCUGUCCCACCUGCACUCUCUCGGUUUUGUCCACAGAGACCUAAAACCAGAGAACGUCUUCCUGUGCGACUCUGCCUGCCGCUGGGUCAAACUAGGAGACUUUGGCAUGGUGAAGGCCAGGGGCGCCAGGGUCCCGGAGGUCUGGUACAGCUCUCCGUACUGCACCCCGGAGUCCGAGAUCGCUCGCGGCAACGACGACAGCUGGAGGAGCGUGAGUGACGGGAAUGGCGAUGGCGUUAAUAAGGAGGAUGAAGAGAAGAAAAAGAGAGUUUGGGUGUCUGUGGAGCCCAGCACGGACAGCUGGGCGCUGGGGAUCCUGACCUACGCCAUGCUCACCGGCAGUCACCCCUGGGCUGAAACAGCCAGCGACUGCCGCUCAUACCUGAAGUAUCUGGAGUGGUUUGACAGAGCAGAAGGCCCCGAUGAUGAACUGAACGUGUGGGCAGAGCCGCAGGGCGAGAGCACACAGGACGUCGUCCAUUUAACCGGGGAAGAACUUGGAAAGAGAGGCCGCCCUCCGGUAGCGCCGCAGUUUGCUUGUUUCACCCCGCUGGCCUGCCGCUUCUUCAAGUCGCUCCUCGACCCGAGGCCGCGGCUUCGUGGGCAACCCGAGGUUGCGCUGAAUUACCUCGGAGGGGACUGGGUGAUGGAGAAGGAGAGUGCGAGGCUGGAGGAGGAGAGGAAGAAGAGCAGAGGGAAAGGAGCAAUCAGGAAGAUGAAAGAGAUGGAGGGGAGAGGAGAGAGAUGAGGAGUCAAAAUAAUGAGAACACUGAGAUAAUGAAGCAACUUUUUUAUAACUUUUACGUGUGUUUUAUCAAGGAUAUGUGAUGUUUAGCUUCAAUUUAUUAAACUAAUAACUAAUAUUGUUUUUAGUUUAAAAGUUUAGCGAACCUGGGCGCCCAGAUAGCUCAGUUGGUAGAGCGGGCGCCCAUAUAUAGAGGUUUACUCCUCGGCGCAGCGGCCACGGGUUUGACUCCGACCUGCGGCCCUUUGCUGCAUGUCAUUCCCCCUCUCUCUCCCCUUUCAUGUUUUCAGCUGUCCCAAAUAAAGGCUGAAAAUGCCCCAAAAAUAAUCUUAAAAAAAAUAAAAGUAAAACCUACCUAUUUUAUUGUGCCAUCAGGAUCACAAUCUACGAACACUGUAGAGCCUACAGUAGAUAAACACAUAAACAUUCUCUAGGUUCAAGCUCCUCAAAUAUGAAAAUGUGCUGCUUUUCUUUGUUUUCGUGUGUCUGUAAAUUAAAUAUCUUAAUUUGAACAGUUGAUUAGAAAAAAACAACACACAGCAUUUUUAGCUUUCAGAACAUGUGGGCAUUUUUCCACAUUUUUAUAUUUGAAGUGGUUAAUCCAAUUAAUCUUAAAUACAACAUGUAUUCCAAACCAUUCGAUAACAUAGGUUGUUUAUUCCUACCCACUAUUAGGAGCAUUUUAUUUUUUUAUUUAGUUUGGUUAGGUUUAGGCAACAAAACCACUAAAAGAAUAUUACUUUUAUUUUCUUGUGUCUGUUUGACCCAUCCGGCAACCCCACCUGCCUUCUUACACAGAAUUUGCCGCUCUUAUACUUCCUGCUUUGCUUCCGUCAUAAUUACUACGGCCGCUAGAGAGUGAUGUCGCCUAACAAUAAAACGUAAAUAUGUCUCGUAAUUGCGGCUUGUACAAGCAACUUAUGGAGUCGUUUUACAGGGAGGACAGUCUCAAAAUUAUUGUUGCAGCCCAGAUAAAAAGAAAAAGUCUAAUAUUAUUAUAUUUUAGCGUUAGUACAAACAAUACAAAACCAAGAUGCUGUUCCUCAAAUGCAUCUGACGGUCUGAGAGCUACUGGUGAUGGCAUUAGUUUUUGGCAGUUAAAUAAUUCAUUUAACAAUAUAUUUUUGAGAAUUAAAACAUACUAACUGUAGCUUAACGAUCACAUUGAAAUAACUUGAAACAACAGUGCAGCAGCUGCAGCUCUGGGGAUCAUCAGUGUUUAUUUGUGCUGUAAUGCUACCAUGUCCUUGUAAAAGAUAUAUCUUUAGCUCACUGCAUCUAUAUUUGGGUUCAGACUAUUGAGAGGAUUCAUCAUGUACUGUAUAUAGACGGCCGUAAACACGUCUGAGAGGUGCAGUGCAAAAACCAAAACACUUUUUUGACCCGGCUUCAAAGAAGAACUAAGUGUUUCAAAGGGCAGACAUAAGCAAAUAUCUACCAAAGGCACUUUCUGUAAGUAAAUAUUCAUAUGCUGCAUGUCUUUUAGUAGCACUUGUGUAGCACUGGUAACACUGUUUGGUAUUUUAACAUGGUAGCACUUUGUACAUAACUGCAGAACUGCGCCUUCUUUUCUUUUGUACUUUAAAUGUAUUAAAUCGAAUGUUAGAAGUUAGAAUUUAAUGAAUCAAGUUCAAUAUUGCACAACAAAAAUACCGUAAUACCAAGUGUUGCCGACUCAAUGUAAAUGUGCAAUGCAAAAUACUUGUUUAUUUACUACAGACAUUUGCAGUCUUUAAAAUGUAAUCUAAAUGCAAUAAAGUGAUUGUUUUGG